UCCCAAUUAGGGAACCUUAUUCAUAUAGAUCAUCUAACUUCAACAGCUGGAUAUUCUACCAUAUAUUAUACUUCCAUUGACCCUUGAAUAUCUAUCUUGGCACAAUUGUACCAAGAAAAACGUUUAACACCACCACCACCACCACCAAUUGGAAUAAAGAGUGCAAAGAUGAUUUCGCAUUCUCUCUCUCUUUUUUUUAAUUUGUGCGGGGUGGAUAACUUUCCGAAUUAGUACAACCUCGCAAAGAUAUCUGAGUUACCGUUUAUUCAUUUAUAAAUACGACACAUCAUCUUGUAACAAAGUUCUUUCGAGAUUCUUUUGUUUAAUAGAAUUAUAGACAAUCAGGUUCAUUCAUACCGUUGUAUCUAUCAUCAUCAUUUUCAAGGUUCAAACAAUUAUCAAUGACUUCUGGAGAAAUAGAUCACGAAUUAGUCAAAUAUGUUCGUUCAACUUUGAAAAAUCUUCCUGAAACAGUUGAAUACGAUAAGAUGAUUCUGAGUAUUCCUUACGAUUGUUAUGAUAAAGAACUUCAUAUGAGAAGAAAUCUUGCUCAUGAAGUUGUGUUGGAUUACGCCAAUGUUAGAUUGAAAGAUUUUGAUUUCGAUUUAGAAAAACAUCGUAAAGCCAGAGUUGAAUAUUUAUCUAAUGUCUUCGGUAAAAUUGAAGAUGAUAUUCAUCUUGAACCACCAUUCUUUGUCGAUUAUGGAUUUAAUACUAUCAUUGGUAAACAUUUUUAUGGAAAUUUCAACCUUACAUUAUUAGAUUGUUGUGUAAUUACCAUUGGUGAUAAUGUCAUGGUUGCACCCAAUGUAACCCUUACAACUGCCACACAUCCAACAGAUCCACAACUUAGACUUCAAGGAGUGGAAUAUUCCCAACCAAUCACUAUUGGUAAUAACGUUUGGAUUGGAUCCGAUGCAGUCAUUCUUCCUGGAGUGGUUGUGGGUGAUGGUGCUGUCAUUGCGGCUGGUGCAGUGGUAACCAAAAGUGUGGAAGCAUAUACUGUUGUUGCCGGAGUUCCAGCUAAAGUCAUUAAUAGAUUAAAACCAAUUGAAACCUAAAAUCAUGAAUAUAUAUUCUAUGUUUAGAUAAUGUAUUAAAAGUUGUAAAAUGCUAUAUAAAUAGAUUUUGUAAGAAAAUUCAAUCACGUGAACAUAUUUU